AGGCGAAGUGAUUGAUAUUGACUAGGGACACGUAAAGGCAGAAAGACGAAGAAAAAAACACAUAAUGUUUGCAUCAAAGCUUCUCUUUUUGCUUCUGGUGGUAGCUGUGAUAGUGCAGACAGAUUGCUGGAGACGUCGCAGAAGACGCAGAAGUUGCAACAGAAGAAAUUGCGUCACUUCAUGGGGAGCAUGGUCUGCUUGUACUUGCGCGAACCGAAGAACAAGAACGUUAAGGAUUGUUGCCCACCCUGUUUGUGGGGGUGCUGCUUGUCCGGCAUUGACCACUCAGACAGGUUCAUGUAUUUCACCCCACAGACGAAAUUGUGUCACUUCAUGGGGAGCAUGGUCUGCUUGUACUUGCGCAAAUCGAAGAACAAGAACGUUAAGGAUUGUUUCCCAUCCUGCUUGCGGUGGUGCUGCUUGUCCCCGAUUGCAUAGUCAGUCUGGUACAUGUGUUUCACCCCACAGAAGAAACUGCAUCAGUUCAUGGGGAGCAUGGUCCGCCUGUAGCUGUUCGAACAGACGAGUAAGAACGUUGCGAAUUGUUACAAACCCUGCAUGUGGUGGGACAGCUUGUCCAACACAACGUACACAGACUGGUACAUGUUUUGGAACACGCAAAAGAAACUGCGUCACUUCAUGGGGAUCAUGGUCUGCUUGCACUUGCUCAAACCGAAGAACAAGAACGUUAAGGAUUGUUUCCCAUCCUGCUUGCGGUGGUGCAGCUUGUCCACCUUUGCAUAGCCAGUCUGGUGCAUGUGUUUCAUCCCGCAGAAGAAACUGCGUCAGUUCAUGGGGAGCAUGGACAGCUUGUAAUUGUUUAAACCAAAGAAAAAGGACAUUGCGGAUAGUUUCUCAACCAGUUUGUGGUGGUACAGCUUGUCCGCCAUUACAUAAUCAGAUUGGAACAUGUUCAGGAAGUUGUACAACAAAAGCAGGUUACUGUGAUGUCAGAUCAGGUCGAUGUAGAUGCAAUUCAGGACGAGCGGGUACCAGAUGUCAAUCGGUAUGUCCUAAAGGAAGAUAUGGUCAUAACUGUGCCAGCCGAUGCAACUGCGUUGCAGGAAUAUCAUGUGAUGCCGCAAAAGGAUAUUGCAAAUGUCCAAUAGGAAGAUCCGGACGAAGAUGUCAAUUCACUUACAAAUGUCCAAGAAGAAACCGAUGUUACACAUUAAAACCAACCUUCAAACCAAUCUUGAAUUAUUGUUAUCUUCAGCAACGAGUCGGUCGACGCCCUGUUAGCUCUAGCUGUCCACGCAGGACUCAUUACGUCGACAGAUGUGUAUGUUACAAAAAUUGCACUCGUGCUACCAUGAUCAAUUUUCGCAAGUGUGUUUGCAGAUGUAAAGCCGCUAAUUCUCUUUCUGUUCCGAGGAUUUAUCGUGGGAAAUACGUGACACGCGCUAUCUGCUGUCCUAGACAUCCGUUUUUCUAAAACUGUGGUUGUCAUAAACCUGUUUCACACUUUUUUUAAAAUAAGCAAACUUUGUUAUUCCGUAUACUAACAUACUUUUAAAUUAAAGGCACAAAAGUCUUUUAGCACACUGUAUUGUCAGCAUGUUGCCUUUUUUUCUUGGAAUAUUUUUAUUAUUAAUAUUCAGAAUUAUUUACCCAGUAUAGCCAUUUUAGUUCCUAUUGCUAUCAUCAAAAGUUCUGCGAAAGGCGUCCUAAUGCUCUUAAAGCACUUUGACCUACGAAAACUGUGCCAGCACAGCAAUCAAUUAACUAGACAACCAUCUUUGGUAUUAUUGGCCUAUUAUUGUGCCGAACAUUAUUCAGAAAGGAUAAAUUCAAACUUUUAUACUCCCUAGCAUGAUUAACUCGAGGUUUAAACCCAAGACCUUCUUCACUGAAAGAGAAUGCUCUACUUCUUAUGAGUAGAAGUAACAUAUAUAGUUGUAUUAUUUUUAACAGUGUAUCUUGAUAUAUACGCAUAACAUACAUAUGCGGAGAUGGUA